AUGGAUGGAGACAGCAGCCAGCGCAAGAAGUACGACCUCUCUGCGCACGGAACGGCUGGCGGCAUAGGGAGGUCUCGGCCGCUUCAUCACUCUCAGGAGAGUCCCAUAAAUCGCUUUAGGGAUAACAAUCAACCCCCAGCUUCUCGUGGGCUUCAUGUGGAUACGGUGGCACACCAGAGUCGUAAUCCUUCACUCCACCCGUACGGUGGUUUCGAGUACGCCGAGUCAGCAUCCUACAAUGCACCAUCGCUCCAAGGCGGGCCACUGCAGAGUGGAGCAAUGCCCUAUCAGCAAGAUUUUUCUACAUCUUCAUCCAGGCAAAAUCAGUCGCAGGCGACGCAGCAGUCAGGCCAUCAGGAUCAACAACAGCAGCAGCGAAUACAGCAGUACGACCCCGGAAUGGUUUACAAUAUUGCACCGCAGGCUCAACCGCAUUCUCCAUAUGAUACUGCUUCACAUUAUCAGCCACGGCACUCUGCAGCUAUUGAAGUUCUGGCGACACAGUUUGGUGUUCCGCAGUACUACCCGACCGACGAGUCCCCAGCGACUGAAUCCACCCAUUACUUAACCACACAAGUUCAGCAGACCCCGUAUUCCCAACCUCAUUCUGCUACUCGCUCGCAUAUUGCGACUUCAUUCCCCGAGACUAUGGCCGGAUUUAAUACAUCCGUUGCGCCGGAGCCUCCCAACCCGUCCGAACGGCUACGGGAGCCUUCAUCUGGCCUGGAGGAUGCAUAUAAUCGGUACCAGCAAGCUUUAAGGCAAACGUUCGAAAAUAUUCGUAUUGGCCGCCUGAUUACUGCGAGUCGAUCUCUUCUUGAAAUGUCAGAAUGGUUACUUGGGAAUGCUGUGGACCUUGGUCUUGUACGCGACGAAGAACAUUUACACACCGACCGCAUCAAACUAUGGGAUGAAUUUAAUACGUGCUGGUUGGCCCUAUGUCAAAAGCAAAAAGACACGACGCAAGGCAUGUUGGAAUCCGGGCCUUCAUCGCAGGAAAUUCUCACAGAAGAAAUACUUAAUAAAAUGGGGAAAGAUUUGGUUCGUUUAUGUGACAGAAUUGAACAAUACGGUUUAGUUGAUUAUCAAAUGGGUGUGUGGGAAGAGGAGAUUCUAAGCGUUCUCAGCCAAUGUCUCGAUCUUUUGGAAGAAUACGAAGACACGACUUCAGCCAGCCGCAGCCAAACAGGCACUGUCGGUCGCUAA